CAACCUUCAAAAAGCAAAGGCUUUCCUUCUUUUGGUUCUCUAAUAUUCCAUCUUCCUUACAAACACAACUAGCAGCUUCGUUAGGGUUUCUGUUUUUGGUCUCUCAGAGCUUCAUCCAAAUCCCAACCCCUCUCUCUCCUCUCUUUCUAUCUCUCGUACAAAUUAAUUCAAAUGUGUCCUCUAAGGUUCAUCUUGGUCUUCUUCUCAGCAAUCCUUGCAGGAUACUUCGCGUGGAGGACGGUUUGUUCUUCUCCCGACGGAACCGACAUGAUGAUCUCACAGCUGGAUUCUACUAACAACGAAAAUGCUAUAGGAUCACCCAAACAAGAAGAAGAUGCAUUCAAUUUUAAAACUAUGAUUCAGAAUGGCUUCUGGGUGUUUGUGGACAUGGCCAGCGGGAAAUACUUGUGGAGGAAUAUCAAGGAGAUGAAUCAAGUCAAAGUAAAAUGUUAGUUGUUGAUUACCAAAUUGUACAAGCAUGCUUGUCUACUUUUUCCAAUCGAGGGUAUAUAAUUGCAAAACCGUGCAGAUUAAUCUUGUUGAUUUUA